AGGCCACCGUUAAUAUCGUGAUCUAUUUGAAGAAGAAAGAGAGCAAGAAAACGAAAAGAUCAAAUCGUUUUUCAAGUCGUGAACAAGCGCGAUCCUUGCUUACCAAUGUUGAGCUUGUAACAAACAUGGCUCUUCUGAUUCUCUCCUGACCGUCAAGGACUGGACUUCCGACGGCCAGUAAUAUCUUGUUCACACCUACUCUACAACCGGCCGGCAAUCAUGGGUAACCACUACGGUUUCUGCAGUUGCAUCCAGCAGGAUGAGGUUGGCGCAAAGGAAAAAUUCGGGGAAUUUAUCGGUUUCGCGGAGCCGGGGUUCCACUGCUUCCCCGUGCCAUGUGUCUGUGGUUUGAACGACAUGGUGGCAUCAAAACGGGUGCAAUUCGACACGGUCAGGUGCGAAACAAAGACGAAGGACCACGUAUACGAAGUUGUGCUGUAUUUUUAACCUGCAUUCUUUUUUCCGACAAUCUAAAUCUCUGUUGCGUGAUGUGUAUGCAACGUAGCAGCAUGACUUUCUUAUGCAUGCCGGUAUUUCAUCUUCUUCUGCAUCACAAAAAAUGAAAAUCCUAGGUCUUCGUCGAGGUUUCUAUCCAGGUUCAAUUUGAGGUGGACUACUCAAAUCUCGACACGCUCUAUAACGUGUUCUACAAAGUGGACUCCUUCACGACCAGGAUAGACCGGUAUGUCAAGGACAUCAUCCGGGCGAAGAUACCGUUGUUAACUCUCGACGAAUUGUUCCUCGACACGGCGUCGAUUAAAGAAGAUAUGUACGACCGCAUGAAGGAAGUUAUGGCCGUUUUCGGGUACCGGCUGCUUGACACUUUGCUCGUCGACAUCGAGCCGAACAAAAUGGUUGCCGGGGCCAUGAACGAGAUAGAAAAGGUAUCAAAAGGAAAAAUCCCCCCACCCCACAUUAAAAAGAAGUGUCUGAUGCUGGAUUUCAGUAGUACACAAAUCGGACUUGUCAUGCAGUAGAGGACUGCAGGCACAUGCCAAGCCUGAGCCGGGAUGUUUUGGCGUAGGCUCCUUGCAUGAAAAACGUCGAUGGUGUAGGCCCAACAGCAUCACAAACCGCCUGCAUGAUACGGCGGAUUCUCUGGAUUUGCCUGCAUGCAAGACAGACAGGAUUUGUGGCGACAAAUCCGCAUCACAGAUUUUCAGAAGGAUGCGCUUUGAAUAUGGGGAGGGGGGAUUUUUCCUCAUAAUAAAAGGAGAAAAGAUUAAGACUAGCGGCUUUCAACCGGGCGGAAGCGGACAAAAUCGCGAUUGUCAAGCACGGAGAGGCCACGGCGGAAGAAAAGUAUACAAUCGUAGUUGUUGUGAUGUUUUUUUCAAAAGAGUUUGUGAUGCAGAGUCAGCAUUGUCAUCUCUAGGUUUGUGUACUUACUUAAUUCCUUAUACGUGACGCAACAUUCCAUAAAUUGAAAUCUAUCAGGCGUCUCAAUGGUGAGGGGCUCGCGUAUGGCGUUCUCAAACGUUACAUUCUCAACUGUUGCAUGAUUUGUGAUGCAAGAAUGGCAACAGGGAAAGGCCGGAUCUUGUAACUCUUGCAUUACAAAUUCGGCACAGAUUCCCAUGCUGUUUAGCCCUUCCAAAAUUUGUCAUGCGAGGUAGCUUCACUGUGUGGACGUUAAUGCUCAUUCUGCAUGACAAAUCAUGUAACAGUUGAGACUGUAACAGUUGAGAACGCCAUAUCGCGAAGAUGCGCAACGCGAUCAUCGACGGCCUUUCAGAAUCGCUCGAUAUCUUCGAAUCUUCCACCGCCGCUACGGGCGAAGGGGGGAAGGAGGGGAAAAUCAAUCGGCACGAGGUUCUCGACUUGCUGUUAAUAGCGCAGUACUUCGACUACUUAGGGGAAGUCGGCGGGGGGAAGUUUUCGCUGAAGAGGAAAACCGAAUUUAACACGGAAACAAAUUUCUUGCAACAUAAUCCGGGGGCUAUGAAAACGGUUCGGGAAAUCAUCAAACAAAGUAUUGCCAGCCCGGAACUCGGGUGA